AUGUACAAUAAUAAUGGUUUACCAUUAAUGACAAGUUCAACCACCACCAUUUCCGUUUUAUCCCUUUCCAGGUCUGUACGUCCUGAUACUUUGAAUUCAUUUUUAACAGCUACAAGUACUCCGCCACCAACCUCGUACCCAGGGCCUGCCCGCCCGAUUUUUUAAUAUGGCCGCCAAAGCCGGCGAGGCCCUGGUAAACGCUGGUCACGUGUCAGGCAAAUACUCCAAGAUUCUUGGAGAAUUAGCCUGCGAGCGAGCUGUAUGGAAAUAAAGACGGGAGCGACGAAAAGUUCACGAGUAGAACUUGAAUUGCCGCUGAUUAUUUAAUUCUUUUUAAUAUGUUACGUUUAUAUAUUACGUCGAAUGUACAUCAAUCUUCUUUUAUAUUGCAUCAUAUAAAUCGCCGAGGAGGCGAUGUUUCGAAUUUCGAAGCAGUGAAAAUGGAGCCAACCUCGUACAUACUAUAAUUUUGUGAUAAUUUCCAUCAAGUAAAAGGUACAUUAUGAAUUUGAAAAUGUUUAGAAGUAUUCCAUGGUUACAAAUUAUUUAGCACAUUCCCAUUAUUUGUUACACUGACUAGCUCUAUGAAAUAUAUAUUUCGAAAGCUAUUAAAUAUAUUUUAUACAGUAUGUUAAUAUAGUUAGCUUAAUUUGUACAAUUGUACAUUAAAUAUUGAGAAACACAUGGCCAGACUAUGGCCUAUAAUACUAUACUCAGACUCUCAGUAAAGUUCUACUCUCACAUGAUUAUUAUUUUCAAUAUUGAUUUAUCGCUGCGAGAAACGUGUUUAUACUUACAGAAUUAUUAAACUACAGUUUACUUUGUGUUUACGUUUACAGUAAUGACCUGAACUUACUUAAUUGAGCCAUUCACUGUAAUAAUAGAGUGGCGCGGUUAACAAAGCUAAAAUCUGAUGAGCCUAACCUGCUAGGAUAUUUCAAUAGUCAAACAUCAGUUUCAGCACUCCAGCUGGUCAGGGAUUUUUUAGGGAAAAUGUUUAGCACCCCAUUGUAAAACCUGCCCCCGAAUCUCAAAAUUUCAUUAUUUUGUUCCCUUACCCCUACAAUCUACAUUUAUACGUACCCUUUGUGCCCUUGAGAUCUUUAAAAAAAAUGCCUAACUCUGCAAUGUGGCGUGUAACCUUGUUGCCAUAAUUUUUGUCUGAAGGCUUCGAUAAAAUGAACAAGAAGAAAUGAUUUCUUCAUCUAUUGUUGACCCCCUACCUUUCACCAAAUUUUAAAAUUAAAUUUACUGAAUGAUUUUGAAAUUUUCUACAUUAUUGAAAAGAAUUUACAAGAAAUGGGGCAAAAAACAGUUGAAUUAAGCAAAAUGCAAGUAACAAUGAACAAGACCGGGUCACUGGAUGGUAUUUCAGCACACUGGUGGACAUGCAACAUAAUACCUGCAACCUGUGUCACAUUUAUAUAGUUUUACACUGUACUGGAAAAAUAAUGUCAAGGAAUUUGUAGAGAUUCAGAAUGCACACUUCAUGGUUUAUUCAAUCACCAGCACGCAUGAAUCAUUUUAUGUUAUAAAUAUUUUUUUUAAAUUAUUCUCACUUACUUUAUAGAUAAAUAUCAAUUUUAAGUAUCAUAAAUGAAUAUAUAGUAGCUUUUGAUUAUACAAGUAACAAGUUAUAAUAAUAUAUCAGCAAAUAAAGACUGGUCUCUCUGAAAUCCAUAUAGAAAGGUUCAAAUUUGACUACCACUACUAAUUUUUUGAUCAAAUUUCCACUACCACUACUUGAUCUGGCAGUUGCAUCCGAUUGUUUGAUUGGAUAAAUGAAACUUAUCUGGUUAGUUAAUGAUAGCAGUAGUGGAAGUCAAAUCUGAUCUCUCUAUUAUUUUUUGAAGAUUUGCUCUAGUCACUUCAAUUCAGGGUUGCCCAUGCAACAUGGUUAGCACAGCUAGCUCUUCAAGUUGGAGGUCCAAUUCUUAUGAUUCUGCAAAUUAAUUCUAGAAAACUGGCUUUGGUUUGGGCUAAGCAAAAAUCAUCACACUGUUUAUCAUGCUGAUUUGGUUGUUUAACAGUUAAAGUCCAGGCUGCAUGUUUUUGUCCUGCAUAUGGCAGAUGGGACAGUCUGGUUUCCAAGUGUUUAUGUGGGGAAUUAAUAUUAAUCCUGGCUUCUGAUCAUGAGUGAAGGUCUUGCCUGCUUUAUGCGAGAGCAGCCUCUAUGCGAGAUUCCAAUUGCUACACAGCAUGAUCUCAGGGAUCUUCCUCUGAAACAAUGCUUGUUUGCGAUAUCAUCCAGCAAGUGCAAAAAUGCACUACCACGGUCAAGGAUCAUUUGGCAUGUUCAUCGACUAUGUUAACCCAUUGAGUGGCGGCAUGCACUGUCCACCUGACAAGUGAAAUUGUCUGGCGUUAGACAGAGUAAACUAAAAAGUACGGUGCUGUCGGUGCAUUGCCACUUAAAGAGUUAAAAACGUAAAUACCACAGCACAACAACAGGUGAAAAAUUUGUCUGAGCAUGCGUGAGCAAAAUGAGCCACCCAAUUGCGUGGAAUACACGCAACGCGUGUUUACAAAAAGGCACAAUCGUGUAAAUAUUGCCAAAUGUUUGUACAAAAUAAAUUACUGUUUUAUGUUGAAAAUGGACAUGAUCUAAAUUAAUCAUACAGAAUUUUUUAGUGACGUUCUAUUUCAGUACCCUGCCAUUGUCUCUGGUGGGCUGUCCGUGUGCAUUCGAUCUGAAACAGUUGCUACUUUGCUGUCGAAAAAUUUCGAAUGUUUACAUGAAAAUAGAGGCAAGUCAUGCAUUUUACAACCUCAUAAACUGUAUGAGCCCCUAUUUUUACGCUUAUACCUAAGAUAUCAAAUAAAAAUACAUGAAACAGAGAACAUUUUUAGAAUGUUUUAUCGUGAGGCCACGGCCAGUUUUUAAAAUAUCUUUAUUUCUGUUCCGGUCAUCACCAAAAUUACACUAAAGCCGGGCUUGAAUAUACAACAAAUUUUGAAUCUCAUCAAGUACAAAAAUAUUUAACGUGUAAUCAAGAUAUGCUCAUGAAAUCGAAAUUAAUAGCUAAAUUUUCAAACUAGACCCUUCUCGAAACGGCUUUCAUGAAGGAAGUUCACAUUUUGGCCUUUGAUUCUUGGCAAAAAUUUGACAACAACACGUGCGAAGCAACUGGGUCUCAAAGACUCAGCUAGAACAUUGUGAGCCCCUAUUUUCCUGACGAUAUGUUUGAUAGCUACAAACACCUAAAAGUUUUUCUUUUCAUUUACCUAUAUUUGAAAUUGAGGCCACGGGCUAUUUUUGAGAAAAUACAGUUCAAAGUCAAGCUAUUUUUACAUAUUUUCAAAAUUUGUCAAAUUUCGCGAGCUUGUAUUUUGAACUUAGACAGCCGAAGUUACAUUAAGAAACAUAGGAUGGAAAAUUUGAGGCAUAUAAAGUUAAUUUCAACUUACAUUUCAUUCUCAUAUCAGGUCUUUCUUCGUUUAUUACGGUUUUAAACAAGCCACAGAUCGACGUAUACGGUAUUUACUCCCAUGGUCACGUCGCCAUAUUAACUUCUUCCAAUCACUCGAUUACAAAACAAAUCAUCCCAAACCAAAGAAUUCAUAGUCGACUUUUAAAAGAAUAACCGUUAAUUUGUAAAUCGUUGAAUGGAAAGCAAAAAAUCGUCAGCUAAAACAGCUUCUUGCUAACUUUCUGCUUUGUUUUGAAUGUAAAUGCAAUGAGCUUUGUUUCUGCCCGCGAAUUUUUGGUCAGCGACGACAAAUUUCCCACCUGUUCAGCACAACACUUGAAUAUUUAUCAUUUAUAGACCUGGAGCGAGGGGGAUUCGAUUAAAUAUUACCCGAAGUGAUGAUAUUUCCCGAGGGGCUUUGCCCCGAGGGAAAUAUCAUCACUGAGGGUAAUAUUUCGCCGAAUCCCCCGAGCGGAGGGUCUAUAAAUGAUAUAUUAUACCGAAAAUUAAAAGCCUCCAAGUUGAGAAUUAAAAACUUGACACAUACCUUCGUGAAUACGAUGUUUUAUUUUCGAAUUAACGCAAGUAUUCGUCGAUUUUCUUUCGAAUCACAUAUCGUUUGGAAUAUUAAUGACAACAUUUUUCAAAAUUUGCUUCAAAAUUUUGAAAAAGCACCAGGUUUUACGUUUAAAAUUUGAUUAUUCAUCACUCAUCAAUACUAUUAAUAUUUUGUCGGCCAUGUUUUUGUCAUGCGUGUUGUCACGCGCGGUCUACACGAAUAAUGUUCCACCCCAUGUUCCCCGGGGAACAUGGGGUGGAACAUUGUCAAAAGGAACGCAGGCUCGCUAAUUGAUGACGUAAGGCGUGAUAUCGCGAUUAAUUUCAUGCUCACGUGGCACAAACUAAGCUUCUUGAUUGGACAAUUUGAAUUUGAGGUAUAAUAUUGUGCACUGUUCUAUUUUAUUUCAGGGUGUUUGAUCAACUUCCUUCUCUGGCCUCGCCAUUGCUCACCGAUACCGUUACAGACCUCACAGAGAAACCUCCUGAGAGCACAACACUGACUUUUGCUUCAGGUACAUGUACACCUUAAAGGCCCAUUUCCACUCAAGAAAAAUUUCCACGGACAGAAAAUUUUUCGAAAAUAUCAUUGUCAAAAGUUGAAAAUUUUCAACCUCAAUAUUUUUUCCGAUGGAAAAUUUGUGUCGGCCAAUCACAUUUUACAAAUUUUUCUUUCCGUGGAAAAUUGUCUUGAGUGGAAAUGGACCUUACGAUUGACGUUUACGACUGAUUGUAAACGGCAAAUUUCAAAUUAACUGUUAGCUGUCCGAAGUUAAGACAAAUUAUGCAUCAAAUUUGAAGCGUGAAUUAGCUACUUAGCUGUCAAAUACUUGUAAAACUUACCUUCAAAUGUGAUUUGGCUAUAAUUAAGUGUAAAGCACCCUUGCCUCUGUGUGGACACCAACUUGGUGUAAAUCUACUGUACACUAGGAGCAUAAACUAACACCUCCAAAGCUCAGCUACUUGGCACUCAGCUGCAAGUAAGGAUAAUUAGCACACUCCCCACUUACUCACCUAAGAACAUUUGAAAUGACAUGGAUUUUGAAGAUACUCCUCUCAAUCUAUAGCUUUACGGCAAGGUGGUCAACAAGGUGCGUCUGUUGCCAAGGAAACAGUGACGUCAACUCAAUUCGAUCCAGGAACACCGGGUCCACCACUCACCCCAGCUCUUAAAGAAGUUCUAAGUCCAAUUCAAGUGUUUUCACCGUCAAGACAAACAACACCAGGUACUAAAACACCAUUGGUAGCGGUAAGAAUACACUGUCAAGUAAAAUGAGAGAGACAGUCAAAGAGAAAUCUACUAGGAUUUAUAACUUUAUUGUAAAUUGGUGGGGGGAAACAAUUGUGGUGUUCAAAUAAAGUCUGAUCACUUUCUGGAAUUGUGUGGAUGAGGAGUUGGGACAUUGCUGACCAGGGUUCGAUCCCCACGUGACAAACAUUCUGCGUAAACAAAAGAGUGGGCCACUGUAAUCCAUAUUAGUUAUUCAAAUUCACUCGAAUAGUGCAAGUAUUAUUUCCACGACUGUAAGCGCAACAAACAAUGCAAUGAUUUAAGGCUGGUUCAGGCAUUCAGCCUUCAAUAUGUCUGGAUAUUUACAUGUAAGAUUGACGUUUCAUUUGAUUCUGCAGGGUCCAUAGCACCUUCUGUUUCCAAAAAGUCUUCUGCAAUGCGUGAUCCUCGAACUGGUAAAGGUACGUUUAAAGUAUCUUUAUCUAUACUGGAUGGUUCUAAACUGUUCUCCCAAGAGAUCCAAUAAAAGUCAUUCAUUAUUGGUCCAUUGUUACCAGAAACCUGAACUAAACUAUGUUCCUGUAUUAAUGUCGUAUUGUGUUGUGUUUCAGCUGUGCAAGAACGCAAUAUGUAUGCUAUUGGUGUAUGGAAAAGAGUGAAGGCGAAGCUGGAUGGACGAGACAUUGAUCCGACUAAAAGAAUGAGCGUUGAAGACCAGGUGAGUGUGAAAAUCUUUACCCAGUGAACUCCAUAUGUAUAUCUGGAGCGAGAACACGAGUCCAAAAAAUGGUGGAAAUUGAAGAGCUAUUGGACGUCAGUUCCAGUCCCUUUCUAUAGUUUUUGUCUGCGCGGUUAACAUGAAACUGGCAAGGAGUGUACCGAAAUUUCUUAUUUUGACAUUGAUUUAAAGAAAAUGAUUUUUAUGAAGUGAUAACUUGUUUAGCGAUACGGUCCGUUAAAAAACUGGAAUUAGCUUGGGGGGGGAGGGGGUAUUAAAACUGUUUACGACCUUCAGAGCUAUUGGACGUCAAUGACCGUCAUCUUGGCUUCACUUUUCUCAUAGACCGAAUGACUGAAGUUCUUGUUCCAGAUAUAUAGAGCUCACUGCUUUUGCUUUGCAAUGAUAAUAUCACCACAUGUGAAAAGGAAGCAAAGAGAUUAGACGGUUCGGAAAACUGAACCUCCAAUUGAGUUUUGAAAAUAUGAUUGGAAACUCAAAUACUCAAUCAAACAGCAAUUUGUAAUAAUGCCACGCUGCAGAAACUGAAACACGUCUUAAACCGAUAACUUCGGGAGAAAAGCAAAGAUCCUACAGGUAAAUAUUAUAUGAUUGCUUUCGAAGACUUGCACUCUGUACCCGACUUGCACUCUGUACAAGCUAGGUCUGCGCCUGAGUACAGGCUAAAGUACAGCUGAACCCCCUACUUUAUAGAAAAUGCAUGGAUGGAUUUUCUGUGGGAGUGCGCACUGAAAAAAAAAUUUGCACUAAAAUAAGACUAAAACAAGGAUUUUGAACUGAAUAAAACCAAAAAUCUCAAAAUUUCCUUGGUCUUCGCCCUUACCCCCAACCCAUGCCCCCAGCCCCUUGCUGCUCACCUCUCUCCCCCAGAUUUUCGGCACAGUCCAGAGCAAAAUCGUCUAUGACAAAAUGCAAGUACAGAUCUACAUGAAGUAUUUACGUCCUCUAAGGUCGAGCACAUUAUCGAGGAAGCGACGAGCAAAGACAAUCUCUGCCUGAUGUACGAGGGUUGGACACCGUGGGUGUAG